AUGGAAGCAGGGGUGGCAAUUCACCAAAUUCGAGUUACUGUAACCAGCCACAGCGUAAAAUCUCUGGAGAAGAUAUGUGCUGACCUGCUCAGAGGCACAAAGGAGAAUAAUCUCAAAAUGAAAGGACCAGUUCGAAGGCCCACCAAGACUCUGAGAAUUACUACAAGGAAAACUCCUUGUGGUGAAGGUCCUCAGACUUGGUAUCCUUUUCAGAUGAGGAUCCACAAGCGACCCACUGAUUUGCACCAUCCUUCUGAGAUUGUUAAGCAGAUGACCCGUCAGUGUGGAGCCAGGACUUGA